AUGGAAAUGCAGAAAAGCAGCGACAACAACAUCCACCGCGACUUGUUCUUCAGCGAGUCUCUGGAUGGUGUCGCUGGGUUUGGCUGCGCUCAUCGCCAAGCAUCGACGCACCAGCAAUUGGCACAAGUGGCGACGUUCGAGCGCACGUUUCCCCGGAGGUCAAAACAGCAAAACCCCAAGUUUACCAUGAGCAAAAAGAUUUUCCCCUGGAUGAAAGAGUCCAGACAAGCAAAUCAAAAACCCGGCAGGAGAAUCGCAGACUGCACCGAGAAGCGUCCGAGCGCCACCCCGGCCUCCAAGCGGACGCGCACCGCGUACACGAGCGCGCAACUGGUGGAGCUGGAGAAGGAGUUCCACUUCAGCCGCUACCUCUGCAGGCCGCGGCGGGUGGAGAUGGCCAGCCUGCUCAACCUCCACGAGAGGCAGAUCAAGAUUUGGUUCCAGAACCGGAGGAUGAAGCAGAAGAAGGACGAGAGAGUUCAGGGCCUCUCCAACACCAACUCCUCCUGCUCGCCCCCGUCCUCCCCCUCCGCCCCGGGCAGCCCCACUCUGUCGAGCCUGGGUUAUGUUCAUCUGGGCGGGGAUUACCAGCCGGCCUCCCCUCCGCUCAAGUCCCAGCAGUUGGAGCAGCAGCAGUCGUCGGCGUACCCGGCAGAAUACUCCAAAUUUCCAGCUCCAGGCUUUACGCACGGCCCACAGUUUGACGUGCAGUUCAGCAGCUCACACACACCGAACCCAAACGAUCUGAGCGGCUCAUAUUUCUCUCAGAGCUGCACUCCUCAGGACAGAAUCAUGCAAGCUCCAAAACUGACUCAUCUGUAGCAACUGUGAAUUCCACAGAGGAAGACGAAAAAACAGGACUGAUCUAACUCGAUGCAUGCACUGUUAUUUAUUUAUUUAUUUAUUUAUUUACUGGACUAAAUAAUCUAAAUAUAAGUUUUAUUUAUUUGUAUUUAUACGUAUUUAAUCAUGUUGUGCGUCUCACACCCAUUGUUACGCAUGGGCCUCCUCAGAAAUGCUACAAUUCAGCUUAAAUUUAAAUUAAA